UUACGUGAAAUCUUAAAAAGGAGAAGCAAAUGAUUGCAGGGAGGGGAGAGCGAGACCAACUGGAAAAAACAGUCGGACCUCAAACGGACAAAUCAAAUUCAGAAAAUUCCCCGCGUUGAGAUCCAUCUCGUCUUGAGCAGUAACAUUCACUCAGGCCAAGCCCAUCCCAACCGCCUCAUCUACCAAAGUAUCUCUCUCGUAAAGGCUACUACUACGUCAAAGCGCUUUAGCAAACGCUAACAAUUGAAAAAUAUUACCGAGUUCAGAGCUCCGUAAGAAGCUUUGAGACGCAGUAUCGGGCGACACGGAGAAUGGAAGUGAAGAGUGAGAAAUCGGGUUCUGACGCGAAGGUUUGGAGUUUUUGUAGAAUGCCAUUUUGGCAAACGAGCCAUGCUUCUUCGUCUUCUUCUUCCACAUCUUCUGUGCAUAAUAAUGUCCAUCAGCAUGAACACAGUCUUCAAUCUCUUGAUAGAUCGGCUCAUCAGGCUUCGACUACGGUUUCGUCUGUGGCCAAGUCUCUGCUUCCUGCAAGAAGGAGGCUCCGUCUUGAUCCCCCCAACAAGCUCUACUUUCCCUAUGAACCGGGUAAGCAAGUAAGGAGCGCAAUCGCAAUUAAAAACACUUGCAAGUCUCGUGUAGCAUUCAAGUUUCAAACGACUGCACCUAAGAGUUGUUAUAUGCGCCCUCCUGGUGGUAUACUUGCACCUGGUGAAAGUAUAAUCGCCACCGUAUUUAAGUUUGUGGAGCCCCCAGAGAACAAUGAGAAGUUGAUUGAUCAAAAGAGCAAGGUUAAGUUUAAAAUCAUGAGCUUAAAAGUGAAAGGAGAAAUGGAGUAUGUACCAGAACUGUUUGAAGAGCAAAGGGAUCAAGUAACGGUGGAGCAAAUUCUGCGUGUUGUUUUCCUCGACCCUGAACGUCCUAGCCCUGCCAUGGAAAAACUUAAGCGACACCUUGCUGAGGCUGAGGCUGCACUGGAAGCACGAAAGAAGCCACCAGAGGAGACAGGUCCAGAAAGCGUCGGGAAAGUCAUUGAUGAAUGGAAAGAAAGAAGAGAAAGAUACCUGGCGCGACAACAAGUUGAAGGCGUCAAUUAGCCUAAAGUGAUGUUACUUUUAGUUGAGCACUUAGUUUUCAGCAAUUUUCUGUCAAGGAAGUUGAAUUCGUCGGCCACUGAUCCGGCAAAGUUGGGGCUUCAAAGCAUUGUUGCGAAAGCUUUUUUUGUUUUCUGUUUUUUGGGGCGGCGGGUGGGUAUUGCUCUGGCAUGCAUGUGUAGGCGAGUGGAUUAGUACUGAGCGGCAGUAAUUUAUUGAAUUUUCGCGCAAUCUCUCACAAUUUGUGGAUAGUUUGUAUCAUUGUUUUCUUCAGAUGAACUUGUCAAUCUUGACAGAACUGAACCUUAUUUUCGUGCCAUAUAGUGUGGACAGUUUUGCCUCGCAAAAA